AUGGAUGGUAUUAAUUACGAAAUUCUCCACAAACUACCAAUAAAAAUCCAUUUAAUACUACUCGACAUACUCAAUGAAAUUUAUUCCACCGACACAUAUCCCGAUAGUUGGCUCCACACCUACAUACACUUUACUGAAAAACCGAACGGAAAAGGCCUCCGCCCUUUAGCAUUAACUUCUUGCAUAUGUAAGGUUUUUGAACUGAUGAUCUCAUACAGAAUCCGCUGGUGGGCCGAAACUCAAAACAUCCUUCCCCCAACUCAAACCGGUUUUCGAAAAGGUUUGCCAUGUUGCGACAACCUCACUUCCUUCAAAUUAGACGUAGAAAACGCGUUAAACAACCAACAACACGUAUUGGCAGUUUUCCUCGACGUCAGUAACGCGUUUAAUGAUGUUCAUAGUGAUAUUUUAUUGUCUAUACUUGCAAAUAUCGGGUGCUCAGCAAAAAUAAUAAAACUAGUCAAAUUCUUAACUUACCAUAGAUUCAUAUAUACAGAAAUCAACAUUGACAACCCAAAAAAUUCCUACAAAGGUCUUCCACAGGGCGGAGUUCUGAGCCCUCUUCUCUAUAUACUCUACGUACAUGGUAUACUUACGGACGUAGAUAUUAACAUUCUUAGCUCACAGUUCGCAGACGACCUAGCUCUGUACAUUAAAACUGAGAAUCCAGACACAGCAAUACCUUUAUUAGAAAAAGAGCUUACCAAGAUCAUUAAUAAUUUGAGACUAAACGGUCUUGACAUCUCUUUAGCAAAAACAAGUUAUGUACACUUUAACAAACAAGGUUACCUCCCUGGUGAAACCGAGAUCACUAUUAACGAUACAAGUUUGCCAUCACAGAGUCACGUCAAAUUCCUCGGAUUGUUUUUUGACUAUGAGCUAAAUUUUGAAAGACAUCUGAGACAUGUACACGAAAAAACCAACCGAGCGUUAAACAUUGUUAAAUUUCUCAGAGGUGUGUGGUGGGGAGCUCAUCCCAAUACACUGAUCACCUUCUAUAAAAGUUAUGUCAGGCCCAUAAUCGAUUAUGGUUCCUUUAUCUAUUACCCUACUCAAAAAACCAAAAAAGAAACACUAGAAAAGAUUCAGUACUCGGCCAUAAGAAUGGCUCUGGGUUUGAGGAUGAGCACUCCCACCAAUAUCCUCCUAGGCGAAUCUAAGCUGACACUGCUAGAACACAGAACAAAGAUUUUAUGUACUAAUUUUUUGCUCAAAAAGUUUAGCGUCACGCAAUCUAAUACUCGUUCUACCAUAAACAAGUACAGCAUGAGCAUUAUAAAUAGCAGAAAGAAAAAAAUCAACGUCCUAAAUGAAUGUAUUAAACAUGUAAUCUGUAUAGAACAUCUAAUCCAUACAUACAACCUCCCUAGUUUGUAUAAUUAUGACUACGAAAUCAUGAAAAUUCCACUGAACACUAACAUUGACCUCGGGUACACAUUAAGAAACAGCAACAAUCCUAAUGAUGCUUUUAACAAAGAAUUCUCAAACGUCCAAUCCAUUAAAAUCUACACUGAUGGAAGCAAAAAUUCAGCAAGUAAGUCUGUUGGUUCUGCAUGUGUAUGCCCUGAACUUAAUGUUAUCAAAACUAAAAGCAUUAUUAACAAGGCAUCUAUCUUGACAGCUGAAUGCAUAGCUCUGUCGGAUGCCUUGGACAUUGCUCUUGAAUACAGCGAUCGCAACGUAGAUAUUUUCACCGACUCAUUAAGUCUCGUACUGGCUCUGAAUAGCCCGAAAAACAAAACUGACAUCAAUUUUCACGUCCUAGAAAUCCGACAUAAGUAUCUAACGUUUCUAAAAAAAUCAUCGGGUGAAUCGUCAAUCACUAUUUACUGGGUUCCCUCUCAUGUAGGCAUACUCGGCAAUGAACUAGCAGACGAACACGCUAAACUCGCUACCAAUUAUGCUCCUACCGUAAAACAUAUACCAUAUAGCGAUCACAAACAACACUUUAAAAAGUUCAUAAGUAAUCAAACACUAAAUAGAAUUCAAAACGAAGCUAAAAUCAAAGUUAAAAAAUUUUUUUCGAACUACUACCAAAACAGCCCUAAGCCUUGGUUCAUUGAUCCUUCUCUUGGUAGAGACCUUAUAGUCUUUAUAUGCCGUUGCCGCAGUAAUCACCACAGCCUCAAAGAAUCUCUACAUAGAAUAAAUGUUGUUAGUGAUGCUAUAUGUGACUGCGAAUGGGGGGUACAAGAUUUGAACCAUCUCAUAUGGCAAUGUCCACUGUUUGACAACGAGCGAAAACACUUAAUGAGAGACCUACGACGCGCUAAACAAUACCCUCCGCUUGAUAUUAGUUCCUUUCUAGUCAAACCGAAUAUUCAUGUUAUGCAAUUAGUGCUUAAAUUUCUCACAAAAUGUAACGUUAAAAUCUAA